AUGGCCUAUUCUGUUGGCAUAGUGAGUCGCUUCAUGGAAGCACCGACAAUGGAACAUUGGGCAGCUGUGGAAAUUAUACUCAGGAACCUGCCCGAUGUGGACUUCGACAUGGUGCGCGAACUGGUGCAUCAGCUCAAGGGGACCAGCUGCAGUGUUGCUGCUAAGAAAGUUAACCUUUCAUGUGUGCACUUCUGCCAAUUCUACGAGGCAAAGUGCAAAGAAGGGUGCCGCAUGGCAUUGAAUCUUCUUAGGAAUGAGUUCUAUGAUGUGCGUGACAAGCUAGAGACCAUUAUGCAGUUGGAGCAGCAGAUUGCAGCCUUGGGUCCUAAGUAGCAGUAAUCGAAGCCAAAAAAGCAUAGCCCCAUGUGACCUGGCACGAUGGGGUGUAUGUAUCUCUGAAGAUGUAGGCAAUAUUCAGUGGUAGCUGGGCUUUGGAGGGGCCUCAUCGAAUAAUAUGAUAAUUCUUGUUUCGGCACUCCGCGAUCGCGAUCACCCUGCAGAUGGAACUUGCGGUCUUAUUUGUCGAUGUCUUUGUCUGUCAAAUAUAUAUACUUGUGCCUCGUGGAUGGCCCACGGACUGGGCAUAAACUCUAUACUUGGUUGUUUGCUUUUUGGCUUGGUUUUGUUGUAUG